AUGCCUGUGCCUCUUGAAUACAACUCUUCUCUUAGACGCAUGAGUACCCUUACAAUACCAAAACAAGACAUCAAUUUUGAUACUUAUGAUUUUCAACUUUGCACUCCACAGAAUGAUAUUAAAGAUACAUUUGAAUCAAAAGAUCUUGAAGCCUCUUACUGUCGUGAUUUUGCUUGCUGUGGCCUUAUUUUAAAUGACCUUCAUGAUCUGCUUCAACAUUAUGAAGAGUGUCAUGUUCGUUUAGAUGAUGAUGAAAGUAGUCUUUUUGACAGUGAAAAUGACUCUUGGUCCUCUUUUUCUUUUUCUUCUUUUUCGCCUGAAGACACAGCCUCAACUGAUGAACCUAAGAGCGAUUACAUUGAUAUGCUUAAGAAGAAAGCGGUUGCCUACCUGUAUGACUUUUAUAAGACAGGUUCAUCAUCCACAUCAGGAUCUGAUGACGAUAAUGAAGAUACGGAAAAACCAUCUGCUGGAAAGAAGAGACCUCACAAUCAAAUCAGCAGUGGUGGUUCCACCAGUGCUCUUGAUAUCUUGACACAAUCUGCUGUGAAAAAGUUGGCAUUAGCUUCCUCUCUUGGUAAUGGCGCCGACUUCCCUACAUCCCUUAUUACAAAUGAAGAGUUUCUUGCCCAAGCAGGCGCUAUAUUGGCAAGUGCAAACUCAAAUAUGAAUGCGGAUAAACCUUAUAAAUGCCCUGUAGCCGGCUGUGACAAAGCAUACAAAAACCCUAAUGGUCUCAAAUAUCACAAUCAACAUGGUCACUGUAAUCUUAUUAACGAUGAUAGUGAAAACCUUGCUUCUAAGCCAUAUCAAUGCACCAUUGGUGAUUGUGGCAAACGUUACAAGAACCUGAAUGGCUUAAAAUAUCAUAUAGAACACUCUCAUAUGGUUGCCUUGAAUCAAACAUUGGCUUCAUUUGGAUCUUCUUUGUUUUCUUUAUCUUCCUUAUCACCAUCAUCUUCAUCACCUUCAUCACCAUUAUCAUCACCAUCUACUACAUCCUCUGCAUCCUCUUCUCCCAUGCUAGGCGCUGCACCCAUCACAUUUAACCUCGAAAACCCUACCAUUUUCCCUUUGCUCUAG